AUGGCCAAACUGAUCGAUCGUCGAUUCCACAAUGUCCCAGACAAGCUUCGGGUUGCCGAGCUGUUCUUCGAUGUCCCGGUGGACUACAGUAAGCCCGCCGCUGGCCAGCUGCGACUCUUUGCUCGCAGUGUCAGUCGGUUGAACAAACCGAUUGAGCCCAAAGAGGAGGACAAAGAGAGUAAACUUCCUUGGUUGGUUUACCUUCAGGGCGGUCCUGGUUUUGGAUGUGGUCCCCCGCAAUCUUACCCCUGGCUCGAUACGAUGUUGAGCAAGGGCUAUCAAGUGUUGUUCUUAGACCAGCGUGGUACUGGUUUGAGCUCGACUAUCACUGCGGGAACUCUGGCCCGCCAGGGCGACGCUAUCAAACAAGCUGAAUACCUCAAGAGCUUCCGUGCGGACAAUAUUGUUCGUGAUUGCGAGGCUAUUCGCGGUCUCUUGACAGCGGAGUACCCGGAAGGAGAGCGUAAAUGGAGUAUCAUCGGGCAAAGCUUUGGUGGCUUUUGCGCUCUGACUUAUCUUUCCCAGUUCCCAGCAGGGUUGAGAGAGGCUUUUGUCUGUGGUGGUAUUCCUCCGCUGGUGGACGGACCUGAUGCUGUCUACGCAAAGACUUACGAAAAGGUCCAGAAAAGAAAUGAAGUCUAUUACAAGAAGUUCCCUGAGGAUGUAGAGCGUGUCAAGCAAAUCAUGCAAUACCUAUCCUCCAACACUGUUACCUUGCCAUCAGGUGUGCUUACACCGGCUCGGUUCCAACAACUUGGUAUCCUGUUUGGGUUCCACGGUGGAAUCGAUAGCUUGCACGAUAUCGUUGUCCGAGUCUGCAAUGACUUGGAGAUGUUUGACUUCAUUACUUUGCCCACUCUCUCUGUAAUUGACGGCAAUGGAGGAAUGGACAAGAACAUCAUCUAUGCUGUUCUUCAUGAAUCGAUCUAUUGCCAAGGAAAAGCAUCACUCUGGUCUGCAGACAGACUGCGUGCAAGCAACGCAAAGUUCCAGAUCAACGAUUCCGUGCCUGAAAUUUACUUCACAGGUGAAAUGGUGUUCAAAGACAUGUUCGAGUCCUACACGGAACUCAAGGAGGUGAAAGAGGCGGCCGAAAUCCUGGCUGAGACCGAGGACUGGCCUGCUCUUUACGACGAAGCUCAACUGGCCAAAAACGAGGUCCCUGUUUACAGCACAACCUACAUGGAAGACAUGUAUGUGCACUUCGACCUGGUGCAAGCUACUGUUGCCAAGGUGCCCAACAUCAAGCAGUUCAUCGCAAACAACAUGUACCAUGAUGCUUUGCGAAGCAAGCCGAGUGAGAUCAUGCGUCAGCUCUUUGCCUUGCGUGAGGACACGAUUGAUUAG